AUGUCCAGGCCUUUGUACAGAGGUGUGACUGGGAUUCGGAUCCCUGAUAAUAGUAUCGAUCCAUGGGAUUCGCAAUCGAAAGAUAAAACAGAAAAAGAUGGUUUGGAUAAAAGAGGUUCUUCUGAUCAGAGUCCAUUACAAUUGAGGUCUCCUUUUAAGUUGCUUUUUUCAGAUAAUUCUAGUUCUAAAUAUGGUGCCACGGAGAAUAAUUUUUCGCCUGAUCCGUUCGUUCUUGGCACUCCUAGAAGUCGGCAUAAGUUGAUUCUUCUCUUCAUGAAGUUUAGUAUAGUAUUUAUAGUUAUUUUUGCUCUUGCUGGUUCUUUUUGGUGGACAAUAUCGAUUUCAACCACAUCUAGAGGCCACAUUUUCCAUGGUUAUAGAAGACUUCAAGAGAAACUUGUAUCAGACCUUUUGGAUAUCGGAGAGAUUUCUUAUGCUCCCUCGAAAACGAAAGAAUUAGAAUUCUGUUCUCAGGAGUUUGAAAAUUAUGUUCCUUGUUUUAACGCUUCAGACAAUCUAGCUCAGGGUUACACUGAUGGCAGUGAGUUUGACCGGCAAUGUGGCCACGAGCUUAAGCAAAAUUGUUUACUUCUCUCGCCGACGAAUUACAAAAUUCCUCUUCGGUGGCCUACUGGAAGGGAUGUUAUAUGGGUUUCUAAUGUUAAAAUCACUGCACAGGAAGUUCUUUCUUCUGGAAGCUUGACCAAGAGGAUGAUGAUGCUCGAUGAAGAGCAAAUUUCCUUUCGUUCUGCCUCCCUUAUGUUUGAUGGUGUUGAAGACUACUCACACCAAAUCGCAGAAAUGAUUGGACUUAGAAAUGAAUCCAACUUUAUACAAACUGGGGUUAGAACCAUACUGGACAUUGGUUGUGGUUAUGGUAGCUUUGGAGCACACCUCUUUCACAGUCAACUUUUAACUAUGUGCAUUGCAAACUAUGAACCUUCGGGGAGUCAAGUUCAACUUACACUUGAGAGGGGUCUUCCUGCUAUGAUUGCUUCUUUCACUACAAAACAGUUGCCAUAUCCAUCUCUCUCCUUUGAUAUGCUGCAUUGUGCUAGAUGUGGCAUAGAUUGGGACCAGAAUGAUGGAAUUCUCUUGAUUGAAGCUGAUAGACUUUUAAAACCCGGGGGGUAUUUCGUCUGGACUUCGCCGGUUACAAAUACCCGUAACAAAGACAUUCUGCAAAGGUGGAAAUUCAUACAUGAGUUUACAGAAAACCUUUGCUGGGACAUGCUAUCACAGCAAGAUGAAACUGUUGUAUGGAAGAAAACUAGUAAAAUAAAAUGCUAUAACUCAAGAAAGAACGCUUUUCCUCCCCCUCCUCUAUGUAGUAGAGGCUAUGAUGUGGAGUCUCCAUACUAUCGAGAUCUGCAAAAUUGUAUUGGAGGAACACAUAGCAAUCGUUGGAUUUCAAUUGAAAAGAGGGCAAACUGGCCUUCCAGGGAUCAUCCGAACAAGCAUGAGCUUGAAAUACAUGGAUUGCAACCUGAUGAAUUUGUGGAAGAUGCUGAAAGCUGGAGGGCAGCAGUACACAACUAUUGGUCUCUUCUGUCACCUUUGAUAUUUUCUGAUCAUCCAAAGAGACCUGGUGAUGAAGACCCUCCACCACCUUACAACAUGCUACGAAACGUGCUAGACAUGAAUGCUCAUUUUGGUGGUUUUAAUUCUGCAUUGUUGCGUUCUGGAAAAUCUGUCUGGGUCAUGAAUGUGGUGCCGGCGAAUGGAAUCAACCAUCUUCCCUUGAUCCAGGACCGCGGUUACGUUGGUGUUUUGCAUGAUUGGUGUGAGGCCUUUCCAACAUACCCUAGAACCUAUGACUUGGUGCACGCAGCAGGGUUUUUAUCCCUUGAAACUGCUCAGCAGCACAGAUGUACCAUGCUUGAUAUAUUCAUCGAAAUUGACAGGUUACUUCGCCCAGAGGGUUGGAUUAUAAUUCGUGACACAGUUCCUUUAAUAGAGUCAGCUAGAGCUUUAACAACUCGGCUGAAGUGGGAUGCAAGAGUCAUAGAAAUCGAAAGUGAUAGCGAUCAGAGACUCCUGAUCUGCCAGAAGCCUUUCUUUAAAAGACAAGCAAAUUAA